CAGCGCAUCUUUGCGAUUGGCUGCCUCGGGGGCGCGGCGCUCGGGCGCGGACGCCUCGGAUUGGUGUUUCGGGACAGCGAGGUGGGACUCUGGCUGCAGCCGCGGGAGGUCCGGACACUGGCGGCCAUGGGACUCGCCGGUACUAGACGACACAUAUCUUAACUGAGCUGCUCUAAGGACUAAUGCCUAAACCAUCUCAGCAUGGCCUGUAGAGGAGGAGGUGGGCCUGGCCAGUUUCCCUCAGCUGUGCUCUCCCGUGUCAGCCCUGGAAGUCUGUCGACAUGUAGGACCCAUACCCAUAAUAUAUGCAUGGUGUCGGACUUUUUCUAUCCCAAUAUGGGAGGCGUGGAAAGCCACAUUUACCAGCUCUCUCAGUGUCUGAUUGAAAGAGGGCACAAAGUUAUAAUUGUCACCCAUGCUUAUGGAAAUCGAAAAGGCAUCCGUUACCUCACUAAUGGCCUCAAAGUCUAUUACUUGCCUCUGAAAGUCAUGUACAACCAAUCUACGGCCACGACCCUCUUUCACAGUCUGCCAUUGCUCAGGUACAUAUUUGUUCGGGAGAGAGUCACGAUAAUACAUUCACAUAGUUCUUUUUCUGCCAUGGCCCAUGAUGCCCUCUUCCACGCCAAGACCAUGGGGCUCCAGACAGUCUUCACGGACCACUCCCUUUUUGGAUUUGCUGAUGUCAGCUCGGUGCUUACAAACAAGCUUCUAACUGUGUCUCUUUGUGACACAAACCACAUAAUUUGUGUCUCUUAUACUAGUAAGGAAAACACUGUGCUAAGAGCAGCACUGAAUCCUGAAAUAGUGUCCGUCAUUCCUAAUGCUGUAGAUCCUACUGACUUCACUCCAGACCCAUUUAGAAGGCAUGAUAGUAUAAUAACUGUUGUUGUUGUCAGCAGACUUGUUUACAGAAAAGGGACUGAUUUGCUUAGUGGUAUAAUACCUGAACUCUGUCAAAAAUAUCCAGAUUUAAAUUUCAUAAUUGGAGGAGAGGGACCUAAGAGAAUCAUUUUGGAAGAAGUACGGGAAAGGUACCAGCUACAUGACAGAGUACGUCUCUUGGGAGCCUUAGAACACAAGGAUGUUAGAAAUGUCUUAGUUCAAGGACAUAUUUUUCUUAAUACUUCCCUUACCGAAGCGUUCUGCAUGGCAAUUGUGGAAGCAGCCAGUUGCGGUUUACAGGUCGUCAGUACCAGGGUUGGCGGGAUUCCUGAAGUACUUCCAGAAAAUCUGAUCAUUUUGUGUGAGCCUUCUGUAAAGUCCUUGUGCGAGGGUUUGGAAAAAGCGAUUUCCCAACUCAAAUCAGGAGCGUUGCCAGCCCCCGAAGAUAUUCACAACAUCGUAAAGACUUUCUACACCUGGAGGAACGUUGCGGAAAGAACUGAAAAAGUGUACGACCGCGUGGCAGGAGAAGCCGUGUUACCGAUGGACAGACGACUGGACAGACUCAUCUCUCACUGCGGCCCGGUGACGGGCUACAUUUUUGCUUUGUUGGCUGUAGUCAACUUUCUCUUCCUCGUUUUCCUGCGAUGGGUGACUCCAGAUUCUGUCAUCGACGUUGCAAUAGACGCCACAGGGCCAGACGGGGCCUGGACUCCUCGAUACCCUCCCAGUAAAAAAGAGGGCAAGAAUAAUGCGAUGUCUAAAACCAGGUAGAAGAAAGCCUGGAUUGUAACAUUUUACACAUUUGUGAUAGUUCUAUUAAGACUAUCGAAAAUAACCUUGCUUUUUUCUUUGUUUUUUUUAAAGUUCAUUUAGUAAGUUAUGCUACCUCUAUACCAUUCAAUGUUUUAUUUUGAAGAAAGAUAAAAACUUAUGCAACUCCUGAGUGUAGAAACUCCUUGCACUUACUUAAAAUUUAGGAGAGAACAUUUAAGCCACUCAGGUAUGACAUUUUUCAGACUACUGAAAUCCCUUUAACGGAGAUGUUUUAACAUUAUAUUUUGGGAGCUUUGGGUGCUGAAGGGCCAAAUGUUUUCUGGGAAUUUUUUGGCCAAUUUUAAAUGUUCUACCAUUAAUUAGACAUUCACCAGAUGUUUACAAGUUUUCUUUAGGGAAGUACAACAACGAUACGAACUACUUUGAGUCCUGUUCACACA